AUGCGCGUGGCCCUCCUCUCCCUGCUGUGGCUGGUGGAUGGCGCUCAGGUUCAAGUGAAUCGCUGGUCUGGGGAGGGCAGCUGGUGGUCCUUCGGCACAUCCGGGAGCACACUUCCGGAAGAUGUCCAGGCCCUUGUCGCGGGGGAAGAGGAGGCCAGGCCCCCGACCCUGGCCGCCCUGCAGCCGGAAGGCAGCCCCGUGCGGAGGCCGGCGAUGAUCCAAAAGGCGCAGGUCCAGAUGCCGGCGCAGGAGAUUGCCCCCUCGCGGCCCAGAACAGAGUCUGCCACGUUGCCUUCCAAGUUUGUCGAGUCUCCUGGCGGCGCACCGCCGGCGGCCGCGAUGGGAGCCUUGGCUGCGCUCUUCGCCGAGCCAAAGGCAGCGGCCGAGGCCGCGACAGCCGAGGAGGAGCGCGGCGGAGGAGAGCUGCGCUCCCGGAAGCGCCGGGCGGAGAAGGCCAGCUUCGAGAAGCGCUUCGCAGCCGCAGAGGCCGCCGCGCCCACAGUCUUGGCAGCGCUGUUUGGAGAGCCCCGCAGCGCCGUCGAAGCCGUGACCGCCGAGGAGGUGCAUGACAGCGGUGAGCUGCACUCCUCCGACGUAAGGAAGCCGGCCAAGGCAGCAGAUGACAACACCAUGCUCUUCCCCAUAAACCAUGACUCAACACCAAGAAAGACCGUUAGUCAAUAG